GUCUUACAAUCUAUCGACUUGCAGCACUUAUAAAUAUACUGAUCAAAAUAACGCUUACCUUUUCUUUGAAGACAUUUGACAGAGGAGCACGACGUUUUGUGUAAAUGGCAUAUCUACCAAAAGUACCGCACAUUGUUGGCGACGACGAUGGAGAGGAGCAACAAAUUCCUCAAAACGGAAAUGAGUACAAUAAUGGCGAAUUAUCCGAAUUAGAUGACAUUACUUCCGAUGAGGAGGAUGGAGAAGAAGGGGAAGAUUGGUCCCAAAAUGUUCAUUACAUAGAUCAGCUGCUCGGGUAUCCACCAGAACUGGAGGAAGCUGCAGCAAAUCAAGCACAUGCAUUUUCAUAUCCGGCUGAGGAUAACAUUCUAUCGGAGAUUAAAGUUGAACUUGAGUCGAAUGAGGGUAACGGCGAAUCUGAUUACAAUUUUAGGAAGGACUCUAUCGACACUAAGAUUGAAAUAGAAUCAAUGGUUGAUCCCAAUGAACACAUCAUUCAGCUUGCUGUUAAUAAUGAUCAUCCCGCUAGGAUUGUAAAUGUUCGCGAAUCAACUUUAGUGGUGCAAGAGCAGCAGAUACCAAAUCGUCGCUUACGCUCAUCGUUCCGUAGCCUGUCAGAGAACGGGUAUGCAUCAAAACUGAAGGAAGCUGCAGCAAAUCAAGCAGAUGAAUUUUCAUAUCCCGCUGAGGAUAACAUUCUAUCGGAGAUUAAAGAUGAACUUGAGUCGAAUGAGGGUAACGCCGAAUCUGAUUACAAUAUUUGGAAGGACUGUAUCGACAAUAAAGCUGUAAUAGAUUCCAAUGAACACAGCAUUCAGCUUGCUGGUAAUAAUGAUCCACCAGCUAUGACUCGGAAUGUUCGCGAAUCAACUCUUGUGGUGCAAGAACAGCAGAUACCAAGUCGUCGCUUACGCUCAUCGUUCCGUAGCAAGCCAGAGAAGUCCGUUUCGCCAAUUACGUUACCACGCAGUCGUCAAGUAGCCAAAACUAAAGUCCCAACACCAAUUUUAGUUAGCCGACGCACUCCCAAGAGUCGUAUCGCUACAAAAAAUAUGAAAAGGCUACGCGAGCCAUUGGAGACACUAACGGUACGACCACUGGAUGUGACUCAAUAUUUCACUGAGAUAUCGGCGCAGUUAGUAAGCAAUCGUUUGGAUGAAGGAGCAUUUAUGGAGAUGCGCGAUCAGAUUGACCGACUGGUCGAUGAAGCAAUUGCAAAGACAAAACUAUUUCAAAAACAUCCAAAAGUUCCACCACGUUCUUUACUUUAA